AUGUUCAACAAGGUCUUCGCAUACGCCGGUUUACUUUGUGCACUUACUUCGACAGUCGCGGCAGCCGUCGAGGUGAUCCCAGGUUCCGGAAUGCCAUCUUUGGAGUCCCUCGGUCUCACAUCUGAGGAGCUCUUUGCCAAGGGUCCUCCUCCUGCCCUCACCUCGCGGAUCACCGAACUCCAAAAGCGCUAUGAUCCUGUCUGCCAGACUUACAGCACAGGUAGCGUCGACAAUGUCAUCGCUUGCUUCAACUAUCUCAAGGCCCUCGGAACCAAACCUUGCACUGUCAACGGGGACAAUAAUAUCAUGUGUACUGCUGGAGAUGCCCAAGUUGGUGGCUCUAAUGUUUCCGGCGGUCCCAGCGCCAGUUCAUACUGCUCGGACGCCGCUUUGGGAGUGCAGUGGAUCUUCACAAACUGCAACCAGGGUGGUCAGGUAGGAGGCUCGCAGGCCGCCAAUGGAAACGGCGACUUGAUCAUGAGCGUUGACAACAUCAGUUGGGGUUAA